AUGUCUUCCCACGAUGACUAUGCUCCACGUGCACGCCGAGACCGUGGUCGUUACGAUACUGACGGCGGUCUUCGCUACCCAGAUGAUGAUGACUUUGCCGACCCUCGAAAGUCGGCUCCCCGCCACCCUCGCUAUGAAUCCUCCCCUACACACAAUGACCCUCGUGACGGACCAAGACGGAAGAAAGACGUUGACCCGAGAGACAUUGAGCCCAAAGGCGCUCGUGGUGAUGCAAAUCCAACACUGCUGCACCGAGGAGAAGACGAAGCUUUUCCGACGAGGACACCCGUCGGGAUCCAAGAAAUGGGGAUGGAAACGGAAACGGUGCGGCCUAUGGCCGUUCCAAAGGAUACCGCGAACCCAUUCCGGAACCAGACGUCGUCGCUGCUGACCGCGAUGCCCAUAAAGCUCGUUCGGCCAGGCGCAGAGAUUACGACGAUGAUUUCGAGCCUCCUCCACCACGCCGCGCCAAUACACAGAGAGAGCCAGAACGUCGUCGUAGAGACGAUUUUUACGACGACGAGCCAUCUCGACCCCGUCGUCACCGCAGCCCAGAAGACAGGCACUCUGACCGCGACCGAGGAUAUAGAUCUGACCCUCGAGACGCUCCAAGGCACAGAAGGGAUGAUGAUCGUUACGACGACCACCGACACCGUGGUGGUGCCUCCCGUCGCGACGAUGGCUAUGCGUCAGAUCGGGGACGUUCCGACCGAGACAGGGUCAGGGACCGUGAUCGCGACCGAGACCGAGACCGAGACCGAGAUGUCCGCGACCGUGAUCGUGAUCGUGAUCGAGACAGGGACCGAGAUCGAGACCGAGACCGGGAUCGCAGGCGGUACGACUCUGACCGCGAAAGAGAUCGUCACCGAGACCGUGAUCGUGAUCGGGACAGAGACCGUCGAACAAGGCCAGAAACAUUACAAGACUCUGGCGCCGGUGAUCACCAGCCUGACCAAGAUGUACAUGGACAACAAGAAGUGA